AGUUUAUAAUUGUAAAUGAAAUGAGAAGUUAAGCUCUGAUGAACUAUAAACAGUGGUGGAACUAAAUAAUGACAGAAGAGGUAGAGCUGGCAAAAUGUGCUGCUUUGCAAAAAGCUUCAAAAUAUGUUGCAAGCGUUUUGGUGACACCAGAUCAGUUGGAUAAAGUUGAACAAAUAAGAAGAAAAAUAAUGAGAAAUAAAGCGGCAGUAGAUUCUCGUCUAAAAACAGCUGUUCAAUCACAAAUUGAUGGUAUUCGAUCUGGAUUAAAUGAGUUGAAAAGUGCACAAGAGGAUAUUGCAUAUGUUAAGAAGUCACUUGAGGAAGUUUCAAAUAUUUUUGUUGAAUGUGAACCAUUAAAUGAUAAACUUCUCAAAGUUAAAGUAGCUCAUGAAAGACAUGCAAAGCUAGCAAAGACAAAUAGCCAUCUUGGGUUGAUCUUUAAUGUCCCAGAAACCAUAAAGCUUACUGAAAAUCUCAUAAAGGAAGGAAAGUUACUUCAAGCUCACAAAAACAUAAUGGAGUUAGAAGCAACAAGAGACGAUUUAUUACUUGAGGUUUACAAGAUAUAUAAAGAAGAAGGAAGCAAAGAAAGUUACACUGAUUCGCCACUUUAUGCGUAUUUUAGUGAAGUUGAUAAUUUAUCAGUUGGUAUGAAAAAACAAAUAUCAAUGAUAAUUAGUAGAACAUUAGCUGCGGCUCGACAUACACCUACAGAACUUGUUACUUCUUUAAGAAUAGUUGAAAGAGAAGAAAGGUCUGAUGCACGAUGUAUCAAUCAAGAAAAGUUGACUGGGUUCAUGCCUCCUGGGAGGCCGAAAUGUUGGAAAGAUCAUUGUCAAGCAGUUAUCAAGAAAAGUGUUGAGAAUAGAUUUGAUAGCAAUCAAUUAGAACUAACAGAUAAAACAGAUAAAAUGUGGUUAGUUCGCCAUCUUGAAAGAAUGCGAGCACUUAUUUUAGAUGAUCUUAUUUCAGUUAAGCAUCUUGUUCGGCCAUGUUUUCCACCUAAUUACCAAAUCUUUAAGCUUUAUAUAUACUACUACCAUGAUGCAAUGUCUAGAAUGCUAGAAGGAUUUGCAUUGAAUCAAAACCCUUCAAGACCUAAUGAAUGUGUUACACUGCUUCAAUGGAUUGCAGAAUAUUAUGGACCAGAGCUGCUAGGUCAUGAAGAGUUAAAAGAUUAUGUUAAUGAAUUAAAGUUAAAUACAACUAAGGAAAAUGAAGAGUACAGACUUGAAGAUCUAUUAAGUAAAGGUGUUAUUGACAGUUUGACUGAAUUAUAUGUCAAGACUACUGCAGCAAACAUUAAAAGUUGUUUAGAAAAAAUGUGUCUUUCAGAAAGCCAGGAUUGGAACCAAGAUAAGCUACCAGAAACAAGUGGAGAUGGUUCAUUUCAAACUUCUUUACCUAUUAUUCUUUUUCAAAUGCUUGAUCAGAAUCUUCAAGUUGGAGCUUUUAUCAAGAGGAAUGUAAAGUUAAAGAUUCUUGAUGUAUGUGCAUCUUCUCUCAAAGAUUUUGCUGGUAUUUAUAAAAAAGCCAUCAUUGAUUUCAAAAAUAAAUAUUUUGAAAACAGAGCAUCAGUAAAAUACUUUGAACCUUACAUGGUAUCAAUUUGUAAUAACUGCAUCAUAAUUGCUGAGUUUUCUGAACAAAUGAAGAAUCAACAACGUGCUGAGCUUGGAGAAGAAACUUUCAGUGAAACUCGUUUAGCUGCUUUUAACUUAGCAAUAAAUGCUUAUAAAACUCUUUCUUUUGAAAUUUGUGAUAUUUUAUUAGACAGUGUUUUUGUGGAUGUUGCAGUGUAUUAUCAAGAUUUAUUUACAAGAAAAUGGCUAGGAUCCCCUGUUGUUAUAGCAACAGUGAUAGCUACCCUAGAAGAUUAUUCUAAUGAUUAUGUCCAUCUUAAACACCUAGCAUUUCAAUAUAUUAUGAAACAAGCAGAAGAUAGAAUUAUUUUGGAGUAUGUACGAGCAGUGUUGUCAAGGAGAAUCACUUUUCGUAAUCUUGAUGAACGUAAAGAUGCUGCUUCACAAAUAAAAGAAGAAGCCAAAAAAAUAUCUGAAACUAUAAGUCGGAUUUCAAAAGUUGAAAUUUCUCAAGAUUCCCCUUGUUCAAUACUUAAUUUAAUAGCUGAAGUACUACGUUUGAAAAGCACAGAUAUCGUGUCUCUGGAGAUUUCUGGUUUGGCAACUAAGUAUCCAGAUUUUAGAGCUGAUCAUGCUUUAGCAUUGCUUGCAGUUAGAGGAGAUAUGGGAAGGACAGAGUGUUUGCAGCUAAUUAGCGAUCUGAAGAUUAAAGAAAACGAAUCUUCAACAUCAAAAGAUGGUAUAUUUGGUCGGGUCAUACCAGCAGGCUCUGUUCUUGAAUCUCUCGGAUCUAAAUUUAAAUAAAUCAUGUUUAUAUAAA